AAUCAUAAGUCUAACGCUGCUGCUGCUGCUUGCUACAGUCAGCUGCAUGCUCGGCACUAAAACAACAGCUGUCGGUGCAAGCGAUUACGAGAGUGUGCAAACAUUUGAUAGCUGGGUGAAGAAUGUGGAAUCUUGCUUGAAGAAAGCCUUGAGCACUGCACGUGGUGUGAAUUGCAUUAUCAGAGCGGUCUAUGAUGUUCUGAAUGCUGCCAAUAAAUAUGUUGAAGACAUUUACGAAUGUGGCACCGAAAUACCCAAGUCGAUUCAAAGAAUCGUGGACAACUGCCGGGAAAUCAUUGACAUAUGUGAGAACAUCAUUAAAAUUAGCGCAUGCAGCAAAGGCGACGAUGACUCCAAAACUUCGCCCAUCUGCUUCACAAAACUAUUUAAUACAACCUGCAAGUUGACCUGGAAACUGAGCGAAACGCUGAUAUUGAUACGCCUAUUGCCCUCAAAUACAGAAGCCUGUUUCUCCAAUGCCACCAAGCAGGUCGAGCAGAGUUUUGACAAUUUUUUGCCUGCAGUCACCCAAUGUGUUCUUGAAAUGUAAUCAGAAUAAAUUUGCUUGAAGAAA